GAUAAUUAGGGCACCCAAUUUUGAACAAGUUUGACCCUUCCGACGACAAGAAGCUACAAUUGGCUGUCGGGGGCGAUCUAUUUUUAUGAAAUUGAUCGAGCCAAAUUUUGCUCCGAAUGCCCUUUUUCUGUCAUCUUUACCCAAUCAUAAUUCAAAUUGUCUUCGCCGAUUAAGGCCAGAGUAUGUGCGGCCAUUUCUUCCCUGGGUUAUGAGGCGAGUCCCUACGAAAAUAAUUCCUAAUUUCCAAUCAUCGAGAAUUUACCCUAAUUCGAUCAUGGCUAGCGACGCAACCAGAGAAAUGCAAUCAUCAGUUGAUUCAAAGAAGAAAGGCGCGGAGGAGGAGAAAGUAGAGAAAGAGGAAGAGAAAGAGAAAGAAAAAGAGAAGAUUGUGAAAUUGCCACCGCCGCCGGAGAAGCCGUUGCCGGGAGAUUGUUGUGGGAGUGGAUGUGUUCGAUGUGUGUGGGACGUGUAUUACGAAGAGCUUGAAGAUUACAACAAGCUUUGCGAGAAAGGUUCGGCGCCCCCCAAUUCUUGAGAUUUCAAUUUCAGGCUUUCAGCCAACAGUUUGUAAUUGAAAAUUGGAUCUGUUUGCUGUUGUAAACUCAAUGAAUUCAAAUUGAAUCUGUAUCUGUUUCGUUAAGAACAAUUGUUCAGUGAGAUGAAGGCGAAUAAACACAAUUCAUUUAUCAUGGCACGAUAUUUUAUGCUAAACCCUUUUAACUGAUUGAAUUGAGCACUCGAUUUCAUUGUUUUUUGUGGAUCAUUCAAUUAUAAUUCUUUAAUUUCAUUUCAUUUCUAAAGAAAAAUAAAAAAAAAGGGUCAAAAGAUAUUAUUUCCCUUUUUUAAAAUUAUAAUAAAAAAAAAUUGCUAUAUUAUGAGAUGAAGUGUCAGUUUGGUACGGGAGAAACAGAAAGAGAGUGAUGACCCGUCAAAAGGCCCAGUAGGCCAAAUGGGCCUCAUAGUAUAUUAUGGAGAUUUAGAGUGUCGAAGGAUUGAUUGUGUGUAAUUUUGGUGGAAGAUGAUGAUGCGGGGAUUUCAUUUUCAGUUGACUCUGGUUGUGGCGGUGAUCACUCUCGCCGCCCUUUAUCCGAGAGAUGGCCUUCCCGGAGCUGAAGCUGCCACUUCCACUUCCGCUUUCGUUCAUAAUGUCAUCUACUCUAACAGGAUUGCUAUGUUCUCCAAAUCCUACUGCCCAUAUUGCUUGGGUGCCAAACGUAUAUUCAGUGAACUCCAUGAAAAACCUUUUGUUGUGGAGCUUGAUCUUCGAGAUGAUGGACCUCAAAUUCAGAGUGUUCUACUAGACCUGACUGGAAAGCGGACUGUUCCUCAAAUUUUUGUGAAUGGCAAGCACAUUGGUGGUUCUGAUGAUCUGAAAGCUGCGGUUGCUAGUGGUCAGUUGCAGAAACUUCUGGCUUCAACUUGAUCGCCUUCUUGGAACGAUGAGCCACAUAUUUAUUGAACUUAAGCUACAUGAGCUGUGUAGAUGAGUUUAACAUUGUGAAACCCUAAGCACAUAUUUGUUAUUCGUUUGUACUCUGCAACAGAAAAUUCUGUUGCAUGUUUCGCCUUCUACUUUAAUGCUGCAUUUUUUCUUUUCAUUAUAUGAAAGCCAUGUUCAAAAGGUGUUUGAUUUGGAUAUUC